AUGGACAAUCAGUGCACUGUCCAGGUCAAGUUAGAGCUGGGACACCGGGCCCAACUGCGCAAGAAGCCCACCACGGAGGGGUUCACACACGACUGGAUGGUGUUUGUCCGUGGCCCCGAGCAAUGUGACAUCCAGCACUUCGUGGAGAAAGUGGUCUUUUGGCUGCAUGACAGCUUCCCCAAGCCCAAGCGUGUGUGUAAGGAGCCCCCAUACAAAGUGGAGGAGUCGGGUUACGCUGGCUUCAUCAUGCCCAUCGAGGUGCACUUCAAAAACAAGGAGGAGCCAAGGAAGGUUUGCUUCACCUAUGACCUAUUCCUGAACCUGGAGGGCAACCCGCCUGUAAACCACCUGCGCUGUGAGAAGCUCACCUUCAACAACCCCACUGUUGAGUUCCGGUACAAGCUCCUGAUGGCUGGCGGGGUGAUGGUAAUGCCCGAAGGAGCAGAAACGGUGUCCAGGCCCAGUCCUGACUACCCCAUGUUACCCACAAUUCCACUCUCUGCCUUCUCUGACCCCAAGAAGACCAAACCGUCCCACGGCUCCAAGGAUGCCAGCAGGGAGGGCGGCAAGGCCUGCAAGGCCCAUAAGACAGCCAAGGAGCACCGGGAGCGGCCCCGCAAAGACUCGGAGAGCAAAGGCCCCUCCAAGGAGCCAGAGCGUGAGCAGUCCCGGAGUGCCAAGGACGCCUCACGGAAGCUGGUUGAGGGCCGGCCACCCAAGGAGGAGAAGGCCCCGCCACCCAAGGCUGCAUUCAAGGAGCCCAAGAUGGCCCUGAAGGAGACCAAACUGGAGAGCCUGUCCCCCAAGGGUGGUCCCCCACCACCACCACCGUCCAAGUCUUCCAGCAAGCGGCCAGCUACCACUGACUCACCCAAGCCCAGUGCCAAAAAGCAGAAGAAGAGCAGCUCCAAGGGGUCCAGGAGCGCCCCUAGCACUUCGCCCCGCACCUCAUCUUCCUCCUUCUCAGACAAAAAGUCGGCCAAGGACAAGGGUAGCACCAAAGUGGAGAAGAUCAAGGCUGAGAAUGAGCCCCGGGAGAUCAAAAAGCCCCCAGAGGUGGAGGAGUCCAACUCGGAGGACGAGGCUUCCUUCAAGACAGAGUCCGCCCAGUCGAGCCCAUCCAACUCCAGCUCCAGCUCUGACUCCAGUUCAGAUUCGGAUUUUGAGCCAUCUCAGAACCACAGUCAAGGACCCCUGCGCUCCAUGGUGGAGGACCUGCAAUCUGAGGAGUCUGACGAGGAUGACUCUUCAUCGGGCGAGGAGGCUGCCGGCAAGACAAAUGCAGGGAGAGAUUCCAGGUUGAGCUUCAGCGACAGCGACAGUGACAACAGUGCCGACUCCUGCCUCCCCAGCCGAGAGCCCCCUGCCCCCAAGAAGCCACCCCCACCCAACAGCAAGGCGUCAGGCCGGAGGAGCCCCGAGUCCUGCAGCAAGCCUGAGAAGAUCCUCAAGAGGGGCACCUAUGACAAGGCCUACACGGAUGAGCUGGUGGAGCUGCACCGGAGGCUGAUGGCCCUGCGAGAGCGCAACGUGCUGCAGCAGAUCGUGAACCUGAUCGAGGAGACUGGCCACUUCAAUGUCACCAACACCACCUUUGACUUUGACCUCUUCUCCCUGGAUGAGACCACCGUGCGUAAGCUGCAGAGCUACUUGGAGGCCGUGGCCACAUGA